AUGAGUAACUCUGUUCAUUCAAAUAGUGAUUCAGAUUCAAUUGAUUCUACUCAUAACGUGGAAAAAUUCACCCCAUUGAAUGAUGUUGAAGAUCAAUCAAAUCGUGACAACUUAUCUCAACAAUUGAGCAGAAUCUUGUCCACCCAAGAUGGUGUAGAGCGUGUUGCCUCAUUGGCAAGAGUUCUAUCAACCAAAACUAAAAAAGAUAUGGACCAUUUUGAAAUUAACAAGGAAAACUUUGAUUUAGAAUUGCUUCUAAGGUACUUGCGUGAUAGAUCUGCCGAACAAGGUAUUGAAUCAGCAAAUGCUGGUGUUGCUUUUUCAGGUGUUACUUGUUGGGGUAUUGAUGCGUCUGCUGCACAUGGUCCUUCUGUUACCGAGAUGGUAUUAAGUUAUCUGAAAUUCUGGAAGUUCUUUGAGAAAGACCACAGAAAACAAAGAAAAAUUAUUGAAAACUUUGUUGGUGUUUUAGAACCAGGAGAAAUGGUUCUAUGUCUUGGUAAGCCUGGUGCAGGUUGUUCCUCAUUGUUGAAAACAGUUGCAGGUGAAAUCCAUAAUUUCACCAAAGUUGAAGGUACAUUUUCUUACGAUGGUUUAGACCAAGAAGAAAUGAUGCAAAAAUAUAAAGGCUAUGUUAUCUACAACCCUGAAUUGGAUUUCCAUUUCCCUUAUAUCACUGUCAAGGAAACCAUUGAACUUGCAUUAAGAUGUAAAACUCCUGAGAAAAGAAUUGAUAACAUGUCGAGAGAAGAAUAUGUUGAUAACAUGUUAAAGGUACGUACAACUUUUUUUUUCUUUUUUUCUUACACUGUUUCAAAUUACUAA